AAUUAUUGCAAUAUCUUAAUAUGCAGCUCUUCUGUCUCGAUGUUUGAUAUAGCAUUGUUGUAAACUGUUGAAGUAAUUUUCAAGAUGGCUCAAUAUUUUCGGUUUUUAAUAAUGGGACCGCCCGGUUCCGGAAAAGGAACAAUUUCUUCUCGUAUUGUAGGCGACUUUAACUUGUCAUAUGUAUCAAGUGGUGAUGUUCUACGUUCUCAUAUACUACAUAAAACUAGUAAAAAUAUUUUAACUAUUGUUUUUUAGUUAUUUAUCUGUUUGUUUCCCCAAAUUUCUUGGUACAAUGUAAAACAUGAUUUUAAGAGCAAUGUUUCAUUAAGAGGGGAGUGAAAAGUAAUUAAUUCUCAUGCGGGAUUGUCAUAACUACGAGGAAGGAUUAGAAGCAAAGAAUUACAUUGAAAAGGGGAAACUUGUGCCUGAUGAGCUUGUAUCAAAUCUUGUUUUAGAGAAAGUAAAGUUGCUAUCUGAUAAGAACUGGUUACUUGAUGGAUUCCCCCGCACAGCAGCGCAAGCUGACAUGCUAUCUGCUAUAUGUGAUAUAAAAAGGGCAAUUAGUCUAGAUGUUCCUGAUGAAAUUAUUGUUUCCAGACUUAAAGGACGUUGGUUGCAUUUACCCAGUGGUAGAAUAUAUAAUCUUGAAUUUAAUCCUCCUAAAGUUCCAGGGAAAGAUGAUAUAACUGGUGAAAGUUUAGUUCAAAGGGAUGAUGAUAAACCAGAUGUUGUGCUGGCUCGACUUUCUAACUACCGAAAGGAGAAUUCACCUGUACUAGAAUAUUACAGGAAGAAAAUGCUUUUACAAGAAUUUACUGGCAAAGAGUCUAAUGAAAUAUGGCCCCGAAUCAAGUUAUAUCUUGAAAAAAUUAUGAAAGAUGCUACAUAGUGUGAUUACUUUCUCUGUGGAACAUAUUUUUGGACUGUCGGGAGUUUUUUGGGGUUAUUUUUUUUAUGUAUAUUACUACUAGGUAUUGUGAUUUAUUUCAUCCCUCAUAAUUACUUCAGAAAUACUAUUUAAAAAGUUAUUUAAUUGAGGGGAAGAAAUGCAUUAUCUUUAGUUUAUUCAAUCUUUCAAGUCUUGUAAAUGCUUUUUUAAUAUCAAUAAGAUCUAUUUAAUUUUACAUGCAAUGUUAUGAAAUUAACUUUUUUUUAACGCAUUGUAAUUUUGAAUAUCUAUAUGCAUUGGUUUAGUAAGCCUUGAUGCACCACAAAAUUAAUGUUUUAAUUGGUUUAGCAGUAUUAUUUUAAAAUGAUCAAUUUUUAUUUUACUCUAAUUUAAUUUAUUCUAUUUUAUUCCAAUUCGAUGACAUAAUAAAACUUUUAAUUUAUGUUUUAACCGUUUGAGUGCUGAAGAGUUUUCUUAUAUAUAUGCUAAUAAUGCAGAAUGAAAUGCGUAGUCAUUUUUUUUGGCGAACAAUAGAAAUGGUUAUAAUUAACACUAAUUAUUAUGUAACAAGUAAUUUUUACCAACAAAAAUAUUUUUUAUUCUUAUUAAAUUUUUGGUACAAAACAAGAGAAUCGAUAUCACGCUUUUCCGCAUUUUCGGCACAUAACAAGCGAAGCGCGAUAGCACUUCGCCUCACUCGAACGGUUAAUCUUACAAUACAAGUGUUAAUGUUGGUAAUUUAAAAGUUUUCAUUUGGUUGAUUAUGUGAUAAAGAAUCAUUGUGCUUACAUUACUUGACAUUUUUACAUUACAUUAUAUACACACACUACUGUUUUAUACUUCUUUUUUAAUCCUUAUUUAUUGCUUAAAUAAUGUAUUAUGAACAUGAACACCAUGACAGUAUAUAAAGCUUUUUUAAAUUUAUUUUUUUAAACCAGCAAUAUAUUAUUUUAAAAAGGAACAAAUGUUUAUAUUUAUGGUAAGCUUUAUGAUGUUUGUAGAAUGUUACUAAGAUUACAUGACUCUAAGAGUAAUUUUUUUUUAUUCAUUUGGUAUUAGAUAAGUAUUUUAAACUAUCAUUUUUAAAGAUAGUUGUGUGAUUCAUUGUAGGGUUGAUACAACUGAGCAUUGUACUUACAUUAUAUAUAUAUAUAUGAANAUAUAUAUAUAUAUAUAUAUAUUUGAGAGUGUUAUACAAAUAAUUACUUUUAUAUUUACCUAUCAUUUAAGAUUAUUAUCUUGUGUUUUGUGGUUCAGAAAACAUUUUUCUUCUAGGAAUCUACAUUGGUUUUUUGCCUUUAUCAGAUUUAGUUCAGUUGUGUUUCAUAGUCAAAUUAAGUUGUAUUUCUAGAUACAAUAUAGAAAUACAACAUAGAAACACAAAUUGAAUAUACCAUAGUAUAAUGCUUAUAAAAUUUUAAGCUGCUUAUAUUUUUAAUUGCUGUGAUCAUCUAAAAAGGCCUUACAUCUAUUGAACUUAUGUACUUAUAUAGUUUAUGUACUUAUGUCUUUAUAAUUAUUUAUGAUAAAAAAAUCACACACAUGUAUUAAUUAAUUUAUUCAACAUUGUCUUAUGUUAUAUACAAUCAGUUUUAUUUAUUUUUGUUUAUUUAUCGAACAUUUAAAUAUCAUUUGCUAGUUUUAUAGUCAGAACUUCCGUUUUUCACACAUUCCAUAUCAAAGUGCUUUGAAAAAAAAAUCUUUGGUUAUUUUAAGUUAAAAGUGAACAUUUGUUAAAAAUGAACAUUUGAAUUGAAAAUGAACAUUUAAAUUAAAAGUGAACUUUAAAACAUUUAAAAUCUAACUGAAAAUGAGCAUAGGAGUUAAUAACAAUUAAAAGUAGUAUUAGAUAAUAAUCAGAUUGAUAAAAUAUAUUUUCUAAAGUGGUUGUAAUAAUGAAACAUUAUUAGUAGAUCCCAAGUUAAAUUGUUGUUAGUAUUAAGUUAAUAUUUAAAUGCAUAUCUCACGAGCAAAUCAUUUUAUCGUCUCAACAGUGUUAAAUAUAAGUCAUGUCAUGUUUAGCUAGUUUGCUGUAUUUUCCAAAAAUCUAUUGUGAUAUUUUUAGAUUAUAUAGUAAAACUGUAUUAAUAUAAAAAGAAAGCAAUUUGUUGGAAAUCAGGAAGUUAGUGCAAUAUUAAAAGAAACAUGAAAUAAAUUAUGCGUGUAUUUAAUGUAUUGCAUGUUUAUAUUACUGAUUUUUUUAUUAUCUCAUCGUAAAUCAAUUUAAUGGUAUUUUUGUACAUACAAUUUGAAUUGUGCCAAAAAAUUUUUUUUAUUAAUUUUAAUUUAUUUUGUUUUCUUAAGAUUACAGAAGCUGCUUGCUGUAAAUCAACAAAAUUUAAAUAUUAUUAAAAUGUAGUUAAAACAAUAUGGUAGAAAAAUACUUUUUGUUUUUUUUUAUGCUUUUUGUUUAAAUUUAGCAAUCGUUUAUGACCUUUGAAUGAAGAGAGCUUUACGUUUCAAAUAAAAAAAUUGUCGAAUUUUUAAUUCAAUGUCAAUCUUUUUAAUUUGGCGAGAGGCAUGAAACCCCUAUUCUGGCUUUCUUAACCUGAUUUAAUUUAACAUAAUUAUAUUUUAUUUGAGCAUAUAUAGCAAGGGUUAUAAGGUUUUAUGUUGGUCCUAACUUUAAAUAUCAACACUUAGCAGUCUACUCAAUUAAAAUAGGAAUCGUAACCUUUUCUCUAUAAAAAUUAAGAUACUAAUAUUGUUUUACUCUCUGUAUAUCUUUCAUAGUCUGCUACAACAUAUUUUUCUUCCUUGCUUAAAUACAUGCUUGUGUAAUAAAAAAAUAUUUUUGGCGUUUGAGUUUUCUCAGAGCUUAGUAUUUUAAAAUUAAUGUUUCUGACAUCAGUGUUUUCUGAUCUGGGAAUUCAAAAUUUUUGUCAUUAGCUGUGUGAUUAUAACAUGACACAUAAUAAUCUUUACAACUUUUCUGCAUGUUAUGUCAUUCUGAUUUUUAUCUCCUGUUCAGAGAAUAGGUCUGUAAAUACCUUUUUUUUUAUAAUUUCUUUGCAAUAAAAGUAUAUGAGCAUGAUUUUUGACUACUCACUGCAAUUAAAUACCUUUUAUAUUGUAAACUUUAAUGUAAGCAAGCCUUUAAUGGCAUAUUUUUAUGACUAACAAAUAUUUUUAAGUCCAUAAAAUGUUGCAUGUGAUCAAAUUUUGUCUUAUGGAUGAAAGUUCAAAAGCAUAAUAGUGAUAUAUUUAGUUGUAUUAUCUUGUUUCUAAAUUUUAUAUAUGUAUUAAACUGCUAAUAAAUUAUUUUUAUAUUCAAA